AUGGCAGAAACUGUCAAAAAGCUAUAUGACAAACACUUUAAGUUCCGGGUCCCAAUGGAAAUGUCCCGCGAAGAUGAGAAGGACUACAACUCAUGCGUAAAAUGUCAUCUUUGCUUGAAACGGAUCUAUCCGGACAGUAACCAGAUAUACCAAAAAGUCCGGGACCAUUGUCACUUUACAGGAAAGUACCGUGAAGCAGCACACAGCAUAUGCAAUCUGAAAGCAAGGAAACCGGAUUUUGUCCCGACACUAUUUCACAAUCUCGAAGGUUACGACGAACACCUUUUCUUACCUAGUUUAGCGAAAAACGGGGAGAACGUGACAAGCAUUCCCCUGAAUGAGGAAAAGCAUAAAAGCCUGUCCAAAGAAAUCCUACGGUACCACAUUCCCGGAAAAGAAGACGGGAAAACAAGGCCUUUUAAUCAAAGGUUCAUCGACAGUGCCAAUUUCCUGCAAUCUUCCUUACAAAAACUGGCAAAAAACCUGCCAAAAAACGAAUUUAAUUAUUUGGAAUAA